GAAAGGGUUAGGCCCGGAGAACUCCAACGCAGCGAAAUCCACCCCCAACCAUCUCUCCUCCUGACAUCCCUCACACACACGCACCCACUCCUCCCGAUCUCGCCGGCCAGGGGCCCUCGCCGCCGGUGACCGCUCCCGCCUCCCCGCACCGGAGAAUCCGUACGCCCCCGUCCUCCGCCGCCUCCGCCGGGGGCGAUGGAGGCGGCGUUCGACGCCUACUUCCGCGCCGCGGAUCUGGACCGCGACGGCCGGAUCAGCGGCCAGGAGGCCGUCGCCUUCUUCAAGGGCUCCGCCCUCCCGCAGCCCGUCCUAGCACAGAUUUGGACGUAUGCUGAUAAAAAUCGAACUGGUUUUCUUGGGCGUGAAGAUUUCUACAAUUCGCUUAAACUUGUCACAGUAGCGCAGAGUGGCCGAGAAUUAACACCUGAUGUUGUUAGGUCGGCAUUAUAUGGUCCAGCUGCUGCAAAAAUUCCUGCUCCUCGGAUAAACAUUUCAACCGCUGGUCCUCAGACAACCAGUGUAGCUAGCCCCUCGAAUGCCACUCAAGCACUAAGUUCUCGUCAACAGAAUCCUGCUAUAAACGGAUCACAAGGACUUCCUAGUGCAUUGUCAAAUCCACAAGUCCUUCAACCUGGUAAUAUUGUAAGGCCGUCACAUCCUCCAAAUGCAAACACUAUUCCUCCUGCUCAGGGAAUUGCUUCAAGGCCACCCGUAGGAGGUGGCCCAAGUGGGCUAAAUCAUACUAGUUCAACCACAGCGAAUCUAUCGACUGAUUGGUUUAGUGGUAAGAGAAAUGCAAGUCCAUUGGGUGCGACCUCGCAAACUCCAACCAGAGGUAUUUCUCCACAAGCCAGCCUUGGUAGUGUGGGAAUAUCAGCACAGAGUUCAACUCCUGUAGCAGGCUACAAUUCUCAGACGCGGGCUGCUACCACACCUGCGAAUGCAAAUUCGACCGAUCUAAACUUGUUGUCUUCACAACCAUCUGUUAAUGACUCUAAGGCAUUGGUACCCUUGGGGAAUGGAUUAUCAUCUAACUCAAUUUUUGGUGUUGACCCUUUCUCUGCAACUCCACAAGCAAAACAAGACUCAUCUUUGCCCUCCAUUGUUUCAAAUAGUUUGCCCAGUUCUACAGCUCCUGGUUCAGCUGCUGGACCUCUUCACCCCCCUAAGCCAGUGCAGGUUGGUCCCAUGCAGGGAAUGUCAUUGCUUCCUUCUCAUACUGGCCAGUUGCCACAAAGUCAGCCAGCUCCUAGGCAAAACCAAUUUAAUGCUGUACCAAGCGUUCCAGGAUCAGUGAGUGCUAAUGGUCCUGGUGAACAAAUUCCUUCAAAUCCAAACGUGUCUCAGGUCCCAUGGCCAAAAAUCACUCAAGCAGAUGUCAGGAAAUAUAUGAUUGUAUUUAUCAAGGUAGACAGAGAUCGAGAUGGGAAGAUCACUGGAGAAGAGGCAAGGAAUCUGUUUUUAAGUUGGAGACUACCAAGAGAUAUCUUAAGGAAGGUGUGGGACUUGUCCGACCAGGAUAAGGAUGGGAUGCUGUCUUUCAGGGAAUUUUGUACUGCUGUGUACUUAAUGGAGAGGCACCGAGAGCAUCGUCGUCUUCCUGAUGUACUACUAGAUAAUAUUUGGGCUGAGGGCACUUCACUACCCUCUUCUGGCCAGUUUGCAGAAAACUCUAGUGGCCCUGCUCCUCAUCCAAGUGCUGGAGUUGCAAGUAGAGCAAUGCAAGGACCGCAGCAUGGGAUGCUUCCCUCAUCCAUGAAACCACCACCUCGAGGACCUCUUUCUAUAGAUGCUGAUGAUACCGUUCAGGCAGAGCAACAAAAGCCAAAGAUCCCCGUCUUGGAGAAACAUCUAGUUGGCCAGCUCAGCAAGGAGGAGCAAGAUGCACUGGAUGCAAAGUUUAAGGAAGCUUCAGAAGCUGAUAAGAAAGUCCAAGAGUUGGAAAAGGAAAUCCUGGAUUCUAGAGAGAAGACCAAAUUCUAUCGCACCAAGAUGCAGGAGCUUAUUCUUUACAAGAGUAGGUGUGAUAACAGGCUUAAUGAAGUCUCAGAAAGUAUGUCUGCUGAUAAACACGAGGUUCAAUCCCUUGCAGCAAAAUAUGAUGAGAGGUGCAAGAAGGUUGGAGAUGUGGCAUCAAAGCUGACAAUGGAUGAGGCUACUUUCCGUGAGAUCCAGGAGAAGAAGUUGGAAAUUUAUAAUUCCAUAGUUAAACUGCAAAAAGGGGAUGAAAAUGAUGAAAAGCUUCAGGAGCGGGCUAAUAAGAUACAAUCUGAUUUUGAGGAGCUUGUGAAAUCCUUGAAUGAACAGUGCAAGAGAUAUGGGUUGAGAGCUAAGCCAACUACAUUAGUGGAGCUUCCGUUUGGUUGGCAACCUGGAAUACAAGAGACAGCUGCUGCAUGGGAUGAAGAAUGGGACAGAUUUGGAGAUGAAGGGUUCUCCAUAAUAAAGGAACUAACAGUUGAAGUGGAGCCUCCCAUUGUACAAAAGAGUCAGCCUACUUUUGAAGAUGGUAACGUUUUUACGAAUGGGGCAUCAACAGAGAAAGAAGACAACAAGAGUGAUAAAUCUGCUGCUGCUGCUGAGCAGGCAGUUGAAACUGAAGCUACACCAUCCAAUAGCAAACCAGAGCCAGCAAAAACUCCUCCAGUUAGUGCUGUCAAGAACAAAGAGGAUGGUUAUACUGAUGAACCUAAUAAAAAGCAAUCUGAAACAAAUGAUGUCUCACCACGUGCCACUGAGAGUAUCAGUAACCGUGGAGCAAUGGACUCCCCUGUUCAUGGUGAUAAAACCUAUGAUAGACAUUCUCAGGUCCCAUCGUUUGACCAUGGCAUUGAUAAUGACUCCCUAUGGAACUUCGGUCAUAAGGAUGGCGAGAAUGGUGAUUCAGAUCUCUUCUUUGGGCCACAAGGUCUUCCUCCUAUAAGGACUGGGGGUUCUUCAUCUGGUAGUUCUUUUGGCAAGGAACAGAAACCAUUCUUUGAUUCUGUUCCCAGUACUCCAAUGGAGAAACCUUUCUUUGAUUCUGUCCCGGGCACGCCAGUGCAGAAAUCUGUCUAUGAUUACUCUGUCCCAGGCACACCAGUGCAGAAAUCCGUCUUUGAUUACUCUGCCCCUAGUACACCGAUGCAAAAAUCAGUCUUCGAUUAUUCUGCCCCAAGUACGCCGAUGCAAAAGUCGCUCUUUGAUUCCGUCCCUGGUAUGCCAGUGCAGAAAUCAGUAUUUGAUUCGGUUCCAAGUACACCGAUGCAAAAACCAUUCUUCGACUCCUUUCCAAGCACUCCAAUGCAGAUAUCACUGUUUGAUUCUGGCGCAAGCAGAGCAGAAUCUCCUACCGCCAGCAGCAUAUAUGGCAAAGAGCAAAAGGGAUUCUUUGAUUCUUCUGUUCCGAGUACACCAAUGUACAACUCAAGUUUCACACCAAGGUAUAGCGAAGCAGGAGACGAUUCAUUCGACACCAUGUCGCAGUACAGCUCCUUUGGCAUGCAUGAGAACAAUUCUUCCGCACAGCAUGACAGCUUUUCAAGAUUUGAUUCCUUCCGGAGCAAUGCUGAUAAUGGUGGUAAUGACACCUUUGCAAGGUUUGAUUCUUUCCGCAGCACUGCAGAUCAGGGUGGGGGCAGCAGCUUCACGAGGUACGAUUCCAUGAACAGCAGCAGCUACCAUGACAGAACCGAUGCGUUUGCAAGGUUUGAUUCAAUGAAGAGUACCGACUAUCACAGCCAGGGUUACUCAUUUGAUGAUGACGACCCUUUUGGAACUGGGCCGUUUAAAUUGUCAGAGACCUCCAGCCCGACGAGACAUGGAACCGACAAGUGGAGUGCAUUUUGACAGGUAUUGUAUUAUAGAGGUCAUGUGCUUGUGCACCUUACUGCAGAUAUAUAUACACGUACAAGGGCAAGACAUUUUUUGCAUGGGCCUGUGCUCUACACCUUGGGACGGGACGGAGCUUGCUUUGUGUGUUUGCUUUCUGUUUAUUUUUGUACCUAGGCUGGGAUGUUCUACCGCACAUGUUUGGUGGGAUGGUGCUGCUUAUAAACAUUCUUUAUACCUUGUAUUGUACAAGUACAUGUACAAGAUGUGAGUCGAUCCGUUGGGUUGGAAAA